AUGAUUUUCAGAGACACUCUCGACAUCAUUUUCCUCAGCUUUGUGGCUGUUGGAACCUUCUUGGCUCUCAUUAAUGUCCUUCUGUCUAUAAUAAAGCCAAGGGCGAUAGGCAGCCAUGGUCGCAGAACAAAGAGAUGGCUCAGAAUAUCUGCUGUACUCUUUUUCAUAUACAUGGCCAUACACUUGAGCAGCACCGUCCUUAGUAACAUGGUAUGGGGGGAUAGUGAAUAUAGGGACCCCGUCUAUGAGCUUCAGGUGCUAGCGACUACCAUUGGUAGUCUCAGUUUCAGCGCCAUCGUACACGCCCAACUGAAACUCACGUUCGAUUUAUACGAUAAGGAUACCUCUGACAACCGCAAUAAAUCUUUCGGCUUGUUCAUGAGUCCGCAAAUUCUCAACUUGAUGUACUUUGUGACGUCUCACAUUCGCCUAUAUGCCGAGAACCUUCCCCCUCGCGGCUUCCAGACAGUCUCAAAUGUCUCGUCAAUUACAUUCAUGCUGGUGCCAUUUUUUAUUUGGGUGGCCUCCGUCAUUUCAUUAAUUUUUACUCUGGUUUAUGCGGCGCGCACACAGGUGCCUGUUCCCAGGACUGCUUUUGGAUGUCUUCUUGCAUCAAGCGUACUCUCGGUCAUCCGACACACAUGGUCGGCAAUUCUCAACAUCCUUUAUUUCGUGGCCUCACGGACAAACGGCAGGGUUUCUUUUAUGUUUCCAGAUUACUUCAGCAACAUCAGUAUCGUGAUUACUGUUUGGUUUGCAACUUUGUGUGUAUUUCUGUUGAUAACUGGCGCUUCGAAGGGACUGCGAGGCCGUGAACCCUGGCGUGACGAAUACCCGUAUGGUCCUGCCGUGUCUGGUUAUCCUCCUUUGGAGCCGGCCCCCGUACAUAUGACGAACUAUGGUAGAGCAUACUAG